AUGAUUGCACAAACUCAUGGACAACAUGUAGUUGGAUCACCAAUACAUCAACAACAACAACAACAACAACAACAACAACAACAACAACACCAACAUCAACAACAACAACAAUAUUUACAUCAACAACAAAUGUAUCAACAACAUUUGAAACAACAACAACAACAACAACAACAACUUCAAAUGCACCAUCAACAGCAACAACAACAUCAUCAACAACAUCAACACCAACAACACCAACUUCAACAACAAUCAUCAUCAUUUGUUGAUCAAGCACAAAAGAAUGAAUUCCAAACAAAUCCAAACCAAAUCAAUAUUAAUAAUAAUAAUAAUCAUUUACAACAACAACAACAACAACAACAAUCGAAUGAAGAGGCAAAACAAAACAAAUCAAAUGAUAACAAUAACAACAAGGACAAAGAAAUAAUAAUUCAUGAAUCAACAAAAAUCAAGGAAGAAGUAACAAACAAUCAAAAUAGUAAUAAUAAUAGUUAUAAUAAUUCCACACCGGGUAGUAAUAGUGUAAUACCAACUCAACCAUAUCUAACACCUUCAUUAUUAUCAUCAAACUAUCCACCAUCGGGAGGUAAUAAUAAUGGUGGACCAGAAGAAUACAAUUGGAUUUUGUCAUUUUUAGAUAUAGAUAAUUCAACUAGUACUCUGGAUAAUCAACAACAACCACCACCACCACAACCUACACAACCUACACAACCAAAUCAGGCAACAACCACCACCACCAACACCAACACCACAGCACCAUCCACAUCAUCAUCAUCAUCAUCAUCAACAUCAAAUGGUCAAGAAAAUAAUCCAACAUCAAUAACCAGUUCCACUCCAUCCUCUCAAACUUCAACCACCUAA